AUGGCCCAGCCAGCAGCCACCCGCCAACCCGACCAAGCCGGCGCUCCGCGCCCGGCGGCGGCGGGGGCGGGCGGCCAGGCGCCCAAGCACUCCCUGUACGUGGGGGACCUGGACAGGGGCGUGGAUGAGGGGCUGCUCUACAACAUAUUCUCCAAGGUCGGCCCCGUGGCGUCCAUCCGAGUGUGCCGGGACUCCGUCACGCGCAGGUCUCUGGGCUACGCGUAUGUCAACUACAUCCCAUCGCUGGACCCGCACGCAGCCGAGAAAGCCCUCGAGCUCCUGGCGUAUACCGCGGUGAAGGGACGCCCGAUGCGGAUCAUGUGGGCCAACAGAGACGCAUCCGUGCGGAAGUCUGGUGUGGGGAAUGUCUUCGUGAAGGGGCUGAACAUGGACAUUGAUUCUCGCACCCUGCAUGACACAUUUGAAGUGUUUGGUGCCAUCACGUCUGCCAAAGUGGCCAGGGCUGAAGAUGGGACACCGCUUGGGUAUGGGUAUGUCCAGUAUGAAAAGCCAGAGUCAGCAGAGGCGGCUGUGGAGAAAGCCAACGGUAUGUUGCUGGAAGGAAAGCAACUGUACGUUGCACACUACACCAACAAGGAACAACGGGGAGGUCUCAAAGGCUUCACAAAUCUCUAUGUGAAGAAUCUCCCUGCCAAAUUUGACAGUGACGACAAGCUGGUUGAGUUGUUCAAGGAGUUUGGGGAUAUCACAAGUGCUUGGUUGGCAAAAGCGGGCCAGCCUGACAGCGACAUCAGAGGCUUUGGCUUUGUCAACUUCACCGAUGCCAGCAGUGCAGGAAGGGCUCUUGAGAAUAUGAACAACAGGGAAAUGGAAGGGGCCACACUGUAUGUCGCCCCAGCACAGAAAAAAGCAGAACGCAAAAAGUUGCUGGAGGAAAGGUAUGAACGCAGGCGGCGUGAGCAGCAGGAGAGCACGCAGGGACGCAACUUGUACAUCAAGCAUCUGGACCCCUCUGUUGAUGACGAGGGCCUGAAGAAGCUUUUUGCAAAAUUUGGAACCAUCACAUCAGCUAAGGUGAUGACCGAUGAUGGUGGGAAGAGCAGGUGCUUUGGGUUUGUCUGCUUCAGCACAGUUGAGGAAGCAUCCCGUGCACUUGCAGAAAUGAACGAGCAGCUGGUGAAUGGCCAGCAUCUCUAUGUGGCACUUGCCCAGCCAAAGGCCCAGCGACAAGCUGAGCUGGAGAGGGCCCGACUUGCGCGCCUUGGACUCAACAUGGGGCUGGGAAUGGGCAUGAACGCUGCCCCAUUCCCGCCUGUGCUGCCGGGCGGCAUGAUGGCACAGCAGAUGUGGCCACCAAAUACAAUGGCUUCGCCCAUGGUACAGGGCGGACGAGGCGCGGGAAGAGGAAUGAACGGCAGGGGGAUUCCGGGAGGGAGGGGUGGUCCCCCUGGCCGGGGUGCAAGGGCUACCUAUCCUGCUGCAAGGGGUGGCGCCCGUGGGGGUGUCGGGGGCAGGCUUGUUGGGCGUGGCGGAGCAAAGAGCUUCAGACCGCAGGGCAUGGGCAGGCCAGGGCCCACGGAUGCGGGCAUGGGCGCGCCAGCUGGUCCAUCGACGUCUGCAUUGGCUGCGGCGCCUCCUGAGCAGCAGAAAAUCAUGCUGGGGGAGCGACUGUACCCCCUCGUGCACAGGCUGCAGCCUGACAAAGCGGCAAAGAUCACCGGCAUGCUGCUUGAGAUGGACAACCAGGAGGUGCUGUACCUUAUCGACAAUGCUGAGGCGCUGGGCUCCAAGGUGGACGAAGCAGUCUCGGUACUGAAAGAGCACCACGUUAGCGGGUAA